AUGAAAGAAGAGGAAAGAAUGUGGGAAUUGGAUGGUAUUAGUGAUAUUGUCUUUGACAGUGUUAUAGUUCCACUCGGUGACAGUGACGACAGUGGCGACAGUGGCGACAGUGGCGGCAGUGGCGACAGUGGCGGCAGUGGCGGCAGUGGCGGCAGUGGCGGCAGUGGCGACAGUGGCGACAGUGGCGACAGUGGCGACAGUGGCGACAGUGGCGGCAGUGGCGACAGUGGCGGCAGUGGCGGCAGUGGCGGCAGUGGCGGCAGUGGCGGCAGUGGCGGCAGUGGCGGCAGUGGCGGCAGUGGCGGCAGUGGCGGCAGUGGCGGCAGUGGCGGCAGUGGCGGCAGUGGCGGCAGUGGCGGCAGUGGCGGCAGUGGCGGCAGUGGCGGCAGUGGCGGCAGUGGCGGCAGUGGCGGCAGUGGCGGCAGUGGCGGCAGUGGCGGCAGUGGCGGCAGUGGCGGCAGUGGCGGCAGUGGCGGCAGUGGCGGCAGUGGCGGCAGUGGCGGCAGUGGCGGCAGUGGCGGCAGUGGCGGCAGUGGCGGCAGUGGCGGCAGUGGCGGCAGUGGCGGCAGUGGCGGCAGUGGCGGCAGUGGCGGCAGUGGCGGCAGUGGCGGCAGUGGCGGCAGUGGCGGCAGUGGCGACAGUGGCGACAGUGGCGACAGUGGCGACAGUGGCGACAGUGGCGACAGUGGCGACAGUGGCGACAGUGGCGACAGUGGCGACAGUGGCGACAGUGGCGACAGUGGCGACAGUGGCGACAGUGGCGACAGUGGCGACAGUGGCGACAGUGGCGACAGUGGCGACAGUGGCGACAGUGGCGACAGUGGCGACAGUGGCGACAGUGGCGACAGUGGCGACAGUGGCGACAGUGGCGACAGUGGCGACAGGUCUGAUUCAAGUCUGGAAGGGAUAGCACCAUUGCCAGAUUGUGAUUAG